ACAUAAAGGCCUAUUUGCCAUUGUAGAGUCAAACAAUAUGAAUAUUUCUGCUAAAAAACACUGCAAAUUUUACAAUGAAGAAAAUGACCAGAAAAUGGAGGUAGAAUCUGAGUCUGUUUUACUUCCAGGCUUGCCAAAUCAUCUUGCUCAGCUUUGUUUUUCCACUCUCCAUCCUUCUGUUCUCUACAGAGUGUGCCAUUCAUGGCGACGUUUGAUUUACUCCCCUUCUUUUCCUCCAUUUUUCUCUCUUUACGCGGUUCUUUCGCGUCCAAAUUCUGUAGAGUUCUGCUGUUUUGAUCCUCUUUCGUCCACCUGGAAGGCGCUGCCAAGUCCUCCAUCGGAGCCACCUCUGUGCCUGCUCCGCCGGCAUCCUUCUUUCAUAUCGAGAUCUCUCCCCAUUCAGUCUCUAGCAGUUUCAGGGCGCUUAGUUUUGUUAUCCGCCACCACUCACAAGCUUCUUCCAUCAUUAAGUCACCCAUUACUCUUCGACCCUUUAUCCAGUAACUGGACUUUUGGCCCUCCGCUCUCUAAUCCACGCCGCUGGUGCAUCGCAGGUUCCGCACAUGGUGCGGUAUAUAUAGCAAGUGGCGUUGGUGCACAGUACCAAAGCGAUGUAGCACGGUCUGUCGAAAAAUGGGACAUGAACAAGAAGGAAAUGGACUGGAACUGGGAAAAAAUGGCUUCGCUUAAAGACGGAAGGUUCAGCAGAGAAGCUGUGGAAGCAAUCGGGUACAGAGACAAGCUUUGCAUGGUAAAUAUAAACGGAAAAGCGCCCAAAGACGGGAUUGUUUACGAUUUCUUGACGAAUCAGUGGAAAGAAAUGCCACGGGGAAUGCUUGCCGGAUGGAUCGGCCCGACUGCCGUGGAUGGUGAUUUCAUAUACGUGGUAGAUCAGGAAAAUGGUUCCCUUAGCAAGUAUAAUGCAGAAAAUGAUUCCUGGGAGAAGCUGAUCGAGUUGUCGGAGCAUCUAAAAGGUGCUGAAUAUAUAGCUGCGCGCGGCGGAAGAGUUUGUGCGGUUUGUGCCGGCGGCGGAGAGAUUAUUGUGGUUGACAUUUUAGCGACACCACCAAAGACUUGGGCGGUGACUCCACCGCCUGAAUCGGAAGUUGUAGCUGUUCAUAUACUGCCAAGGAUGACUCAUUUUGAGAACUAAUUCUCAAAGUUUAUUUCCUACAGCCCAGAUUAUAUAAUAUGUGUUGUUAGUUUUGUGAAGAAUGUUGUCUUGACAGUUCAAGAAUAUAUCUAGUGAUCUUAACCAGCUUUUCAUUUCUUGUUUUGAUGAAGAAUGUUCUCUUAAAUUGAACAUUUGCAGUUAAGAGUGUGACU